AUGCCCCUUUGGAUGGGGGCUCAGCUGGUUGCCCUGCCUUGGCUUCCAGGCAUCUUGCCUCAGGGUGCUAUCAUAAGGACGGGAACAGUAGUGAAACGAGUUACAGUGGGCAUUGAUCCGGCAGAGCGUCAAAGCACUGGCAAACAGAUCAGCCUCGAGAUUGAGCGCAAGCUCCGGCCACUGGCUAUUGUCCCACAACGAGGUAUACUCUACGGCACAACCAAAGAUUACCUUACAAGCCACUUGAGAUAUGCACAAGGAGAGCCUACUGCCAUUUUCGAUACUGAUGACACUCACAUAACCGCCAUCAACCAGAGUGUCAUUCAAGACACUCUCUGGGUCCACCGCGAGGCGGAGAUAAUUGCCGAAGAACGACUGCCCGCCUACUUCGUCUCCCCGAAUGGUCCAGGUCCACCAGGCACAGCCGCACAUCUUGUGAUUCCAGUUUUCAAGACAUGGAGUGACCGACAUCGUCACGCUUGGCCGCGGCUGACGGCCAACCCUCUUGUCAAGGUGAAGAUUUACGAUGUUGUCACUCCCGGCCAUACUGGGCUAGCCCUCUUGACCGGGAGGAUCAUGGAAAAGGACAACUUGGCGCCGGAGCUACGAGCGCCUCUGGCCGAAGACCAAGACCUGAUGAUUCGCGCCCGCACAGCCCCCGUCCCCCGAAUUGAUGUGCGCCAGUACCCCGAUCGAAGAACCGCCAUCGCAGCCCUCGAUACGGGAUUACAGAACUAG